ACGCCUAUCGGGCGAUGCAUUUUAAACUGUGAUGGCUCUUUUGCUUACUUAUUUAUAUUCGUCAAUUUUAUGAUAUUCAAUCUCCGUUGUGACCCGUUUAGUGUAAUAUAGUUUAAAUAAUUUAUUUAUAAGCGUACUACGAAAAUGGCGAAUCAAUCCCAGAAAAUGGUAUACAAGCUGGUACUGACCGGAGGGCCUUGCGGCGGAAAAACCACUGGACAGUCCCGACUUAGUACUUUCUUCGAAAACUUGGGAUGGAAGGUGUUCCGGGUGCCGGAAACGGCUACCGUCCUCUUAAGUGGUGGUGUGAAGUUUGUAGAUCUCAGCCCCGAGGAAGCUAAUAAGUUCCAGGAGAAUUUGUUGAAGACCAUGAUUCAGAUAGAAAACACUUUCUUCGAGUUGGGCAGGACGUGUCAAAGGAACUGCUUGAUCAUAUGCGACCGAGGAGCCAUGGACGCUAGUGCAUUUAUUUCCAAAGAGAAGUGGGAGGCUAUGCUGAACGCGAACAACUGGAACAGUGUGGAGCUGCGUGAUAACAGAUAUAACCAUAUCGUGCAUAUGGUAUCUGCUGCCAACGGGGCUGAAGACUUUUAUUCCACUGAGGACCAUGCGUGUCGUUCUGAAGGUGUAGAGCUCGCGAGGGAGCUAGAUUACAAUGCGGCAGCCGCUUGGGUGGGACAUCCAUACUUCGAUGUCAUCGACAAUUCGACAGAUUUUGACAAAAAGAUGAACCGCCUGAUCGCCUGUGUCUGUCAAAAGAUCGGCAUCGAUACCGGCGACCGGCUCAACGUCAACGCGAAGAAACGCAAGUUCCUCGUCAAGACGCCCCUCCCGACCGACGCGGAGUUCCCACCCUUCCAAGACUUCGACGUGGAACACAACUACUUGCAGAGCGACGUCCGCAAAGCGCAAGUCAGGUUACGGAAACGUGGACAGAAGGGCCACUGGUCUUACAUUCACACGAUGAGAAAGUUCCAUCCCACCAAUGGCCAGUCCGUGGAGGUCAGGACACAAUUGACGCACAGAGAUUACCUGAACAUGCUCCCGCAAAAGGACGACGCGCAUUUCACGAUAUUCAAAAAGCGACGCUGCUUCAUCUACAACAAUCAGUACUACCAGUUGGAUAUAUACAGACAACCGACGCAUCCAAGAUGUCGUGGUAUGGUUUUGCUUGAGACCUAUAGUGCGGCGUACGACCAAGACGCGCUAUUGGCAUCGUUGCCCAAGUUUCUGUUGAUCGAGAAGGAAGUGACCGGCGAUCCAGCUUAUUCCAUGUAUAAUUUAUCAUUAAAAGAAGAUUGGAAAACCUCAAAAAGGUACUACGCGGGGUCUGGCGUUUACGGACAACCUAAAUGCCUAAAUGGACAUAAAGCUGAGAAAAUUAACGGGCAUGUGGAUAAAAUGCAAAACGGUGAUAUCAAAGUUAACGGGCACAUAAAAAUCAACGGAUGCGACGAGAAGAUGAACGGACACACGGGACACAAAUUAAAUGGACACGCCAAAAUGAACGGACACUGUAAGAUGAAUGGUCACGCACCCUUAAGUAAUGGAUUACCCAAUGGCGUACACGAUACGGAUAUAGAUCACCUCAAAAGCAAUGGAUUGCACCCAUCACCAAAGAUGAAAAAAGUUGCUAUUAAAACAUAGACUAAAAUAUUUAUACUUAGCCAUAAGAACUUUUUGUAAUAUUCCACUUUGUAAUGUUUCAAUAUACACAAAAUUAAAAGCAAAGUAAUAUAUGAUGUACUUAAAAUGAUAUUAUAAUAGAAUAUGCAUGGCUAUAUGGCUAUAUUAUA